AUGCUGAGUAGCCAGUCAAUGGCAGCCCGAUUCCAGGUGGCUCCUCUGGACCUUGGUAAGACUCGUCUCGACGUCUUUGGCGAGGCACAGAGCCACCAUCAACAACAGCAACAAGAACAGACACAACAUCAGCAACAACAACAACAACAACAACACAAUCAGUGCUACAACGCUCUGGCGUCCGAAAUGACGCCCCCAGCUACCCCUCAUGACUUCCACCAAGAAAAUAUGGACGUCGACGACCAGUUCCAGCUACAGAUGCAGACUGUCAGCCCUCCCAUCUUCCACAAUUUCCUUCGUGCAUUCUACCCCUUCAGCCCCACCUACGCCAUGUCCGACUGCAGCGUCACACUACCUCUGAACGAGGGCGACGUCAUCCUCGUCCACUCGAUACACACCAAUGGCUGGGCCGACGGCACUCUCCUGGCCACCGGCGCCCGUGGCUGGCUACCCACAAACUACUGCGACGCCUACGAGCCCGAGGAGCUGAGGAGUCUGCUGCAUGCCCUGCUCAACUUUUGGGAUCUGCUGAGGAGCUCUUCGGUCAAUGACCAGGAGUUGUUUGGUAACCAGGAGUUCAUGAAGGGCAUCAUCGCUGGUGUACGCUUCCUUCUGCAGCACGCAAACUGCCUGAAUAGGGAGUCGCCUAUUGUGCAGCGGAGUGAAUUUGUACGGAGGAGUCGCAAGUCUCUCAUGUCAGAGCUGUCGUCGCUCGUCAAGACGGCCAAGCGCAUGCAGGAGAGCCAGCGUGGCACCCUCGACCCCCCCGAGGACGUCAACGACAUUGUAGACGAGAUGAUCCUCAAGGCCUUCCGGAUCGUCAUCAAGGGCGUGCGCUUCGUCGACACCCUCGAUGAGGACAGGAGGAUGCGCGCCCCGCCCGCCGUCACCGUCAUGGACACUGUCACCGAGGAGGAAUCAUUCGUCGCCCCGACCGAAGAGGAGACUGCUGCUGCUGCUGCCCCCGAGAAGCCCGCCAACGGCACCUCCGAGGCCUCCCAAGAUAGAAGCGCCUCUCCUAUGGAGCCUCCUUCACAGAUUCCGCAUCGCAGCAUGAGCCAGGCCAACCGUCACUCCAGCAUGUCCCACCGCGUUUCGCUGGCUGGCCCCUCGUCCUGCACCCGACCUCAGGAUCUCAUCUCCGAGCGACUCAACCGCAGCCACGACGCCUUCCUGUCGCAGGUCGGCUCUUUCAUCGGCCGUCUGCAGCAGUCUCAGUCCGUUCCCGAGCUCGCCUCAGCCAUCAAGCAGUGUGCCACCACGGGCGGCCAUCUGCUGGCUGUGAUUGACGCCGUCUGCGCGCACGGAAACACGAGCAACACGGCGCUGACCCAGGCUAGGACCGCCAUGCUUGAGCACAUUCACGACCUGGUCUUCGCCGCACGCGACGCCCUCGUCCAUGCCCACGCCGAGGAUGACCUGAUCAUGCCCCAGGACAACAACAUGCUGCUCAUGUCCGCCACCGGCUGCGUCAGGGCCUCGGGUGACUGCGUCGCCAAGGCCCGUGCUGGUGUCGAGCGCGCCGGCGACUUUGAGGUGGCCAUCAGCGACGCUGGUCUGGACAUUGACCUGAGCGUCCUGGACUCGGCAUCGCAGCUGAGGCAGAGGAAGCAGUCCAGCGCUGGCCUGUCGGACUCGACCGCCACCACAAAUGAGUCGACCGGCAGGUCAGGCUCCGUCACACCCGGCCCGAGGCAUGCCAAGGGUCUGUCCAUCGACAAGCCCCUACCCAAGCUGCCCACCAUGGAGGAAGCGUCUUCGGAGCCGACACCUCGCGCGAACCCCUCGCCGCCUCCCUCGCGGCCCGAGUCGCGCGAUGAAGCCAAGGCCACCCCGGCCCCGCGACCGGAGCUCACGCUGCCCAAGCUGACGACGACGCUCCUGCCCCCGGCCCAGCCCAGCCCCGUGGACAGCGCUCACCCUGACAACGAGUACCACCAGCACCCGGCACAGUUGGAUAACAUGUUUGCUUCGAGCGCGGGCAGCAGCGCCACCUACCUCAGCCGCGACUCGGAGGCGAGCAUGGUAUCCCAGACAUCCACCCGGGCUACGACGCCCGACCACACCCUCGUCCCCCGCCCGCAGCCUUCCAUUUCGGAACUCAGCGCUGCUGGCAGCUCGAUGCACACCGAGGAGGUGGACGACCUCGAGUCGAGACUCCUCGAGAGGACAUAUGCUCACGAGCUCAUGUUCAACCGCGAGGGCCAGGUUAUUGGCGGCUCGCUGCCGGCCCUGGUGGAGCGCCUGACGACCCACGAGGCCGCCCCCGACGCCAUGUUCGUGUCGACCUUCUACCUCACCUUCCGCCUAUUCUGCCCGCCGACCAAGCUGGCCGAGUGCCUGAUUGACAGGUUCGAGUAUGUCGGUGAGAGCCCGCACGUCGCCAGUCCCGUACGCCUACGCGUGUACAAUGCCUUCAAGGUCUGGCUCGAGACGCACUGGAGGGAGCGGACGGACCGCGACGCCCUCCGCAUCAUCAUGCCCUUUGCCGAGGGCAGGCUGACGACCGUGCUGCCGACCGCGGGACGCCGUCUCGUGGAGCUUGUGCAGCGCGUGUCUGGGGCCGGACUGCUGGUACCCCGGCUGGUGUCGGCCAUGGGCAGGGCCAACACGGCCGUUGCGCAGACAGACACGCCGAUCCCGUCUCCCGUCGUGUCCAAGAGCGCGCAGAACCACCUGAACGCCUUCAAGGUCGGGAGCGCGAGCCCGUCGCUGCUGGACUUUGACCCGCUAGAGCUUGCGCGCCAGCUGACGCUCAAGCAGAUGGGCAUCUUCUCGUCGAUCCUGCCCGAGGAGCUGCUCUCGUCCCAGUGGAUGAAGAAUGGCGGAGCUGAGGCCCCAAACGUCAAGGCCAUGUCCUCGCUAUCGACGGACAUCUCGAACCUGGUGGCGGAUACGAUCCUGCAGCACCCGGAGCUGAAGAAGCGCGCGGCCGUCAUUAAGCAGUGGAUCAAGGUGGCCAACCACUGCCUCGAGCUGCACAACUACGACGGACUGAUGGCCAUCAUCUGCAGUCUCAACAGCAGCACCAUCAGCCGUCUCCGCAAGACGUGGGACAUUGUGUCGUCGAGGCGCAAAGAGAUGCUCCGGACGCUGCAGAAACUGGUGGAACCGUCGCAGAACAACAAGGUCCUGCGCACACGCCUGCACGACCACGUGCCGCCCUGCCUUCCCUUCCUGGGUAUGUACCUGACGGACCUGACGUUUGUGGACAUUGGCAACCCGCCCACCAAACAGAUGACGUCGCACGGCAGCGAGACGGAGAACAAGCGGGCCAGCGGCCUCACCGUCGUCAACUUUGACAAGCACACGCGCACGGCCAAGAUUAUUGGCGAGCUGCAGCGCUUCCAGAUCCCCUACCGCCUGCAGGAACUCCCCGACAUGCAAGAGUGGCUGUCUGCGCAGAUCAACCGUGUCCGCGAGGGCGACCAGUCCAACGUCCAGGUGACGUACUACCGCAAGAGUCUGCUCCUGGAGCCGCGCGAGACGUCGGCCAUGACUCCCUCUACGGCCACGGCCCCUCCACCCACACCUACCACUGCCUCAUCGCGUGGUGACUUGUUUGGCUGGAUGUCCCGUGAUCGAGGUGGCAGCACACCUGCUCAGAUCUAA